UGAAAGAGAUGCUCCCAGAAAUUAUAGAUCCUCUUCUUGGUAUUAUUAACUCAUCUCUGACAUUAGGACAUGUGCCUAAAGCAUAUAAGGUGGCUGUUAUAAGGCCCCUUGUCAAAAAAUCCCAACUCGACCCUAGAGAACUAAGGAACUACAGGCCUAUAUCGAAUCUACCUUUCAUAUCUAAAAUUCUGGAAAAAGUAGUUUCAACUCAAUUAUGCUCCUUCCUCCAAAGGAAUGACAAUGAUUUACAAUAAACGCUGCAAUAUUUCAUGGAAAAAUAGGCAUUGCAAUUUUUUAUUUCACUGGGACUUUAAACACGUGCACGAGCAGAUAGAAUGCACGAAACAAAUAUUAAGAUGUAUGUGCAGAUCUAUAUAUAGAUAUAGGGAACAGUUCACAGGAUAUAUAAAUUUAUGUCUGUGAUAAAUCUGGCCAUACAAUAGUGUUUGAGUGUACACGGCUUCACACCAUUUGAGUAAUUUAAAGGGGUGGUGCAACGGUGUGUCAUGCAUUCUGACUUCUUUACAAUGUUAAACGUGCUGUGUUCUCAUGCUUAACACGGUCAACUUGUCAAAAAAAGAGUUGGGCGUAUUACAUAGUAUUUCUGUGCUCGAUACACUCCCCCAGCGAUCGUACAUGUUUCGGAAAGUUUUUUCUUAGUCCCUUAUUGGACAAUUCUCCCGGAAAAGCAUGUAACACACCCACGCGGCAGCAAGGAGAGCAGGAGAAGGAGCAUGCGCAGACGUCACUUUCACUUGUGUGCAGGAGAGAGAGAGCAUACGUUCGCAAAGUUCAGGUGUUUGUUCACUGCAUUUGGGUGAUGAAUGUUAUAUAAACGGUGAAUAUAACGCUGGAUUUGGAGAUCGUUUGAAACUGAUAUAUGAAGCCGUCCCAGCGCUAAAAGAUGCCGGACAUGAACCGCAUGCGGUGAGUGAAACUGAUGUCUGUGUUUUGUUGGCAAUGGCUGCGCACGUGCUUUAGUUCAGCCUACCCCUCCCCCCCCCACACGCACCAUAUGCUUUCGGAAAUAAUCGCACAGCUGUAUCUAUCUUUUAUAAAUGUGAUCAAACUAAAUACUCUUCGAAAAUACAAAGUAUGCAAUACUACUCUAUAGGUACUCAAGUUUAAUAUGAGAUUGGCGGAAACCGCAUGUGUUAUAGGGCCGCUUUGACUGUAAAACUUUCCACGGUGUGUUUUUAAACAAGGACGAACACACACAAACACAAGCCAGGUUUCCAUUACAGAUUUGCGGAAAACUUAAAGGGGCAUAUGACACGGCUAAAACGAAUAUUAUCGUUUGCUUUAGAUGUAACGUAAAUGUAAAUGUAAUGUACAUUUACAUUUAGUCAUUUAGCAGACGCUUUUAUCCAAAGCGACUUACAGAGAGUUCAGGGAGCAAUAAGCGAUGUUAUAUAGGAGCAAUAAUACAAUAAUGCAAUGUGUAUACACAAUUUAAGGUUAAAAAACACUGUAUUUUCCACAUACUGUGCAUGUGUUUGUAUCUACUCUCUGCCCAUUUCAGAGAGGCUUUUACAAAUUUUACAAAGCUCAUCACUCUGAAUAGCUGUCCUUCGGAGGUCUUGACUCCCUGUUUUCAUUAAAGAUCCCAUGGCACUUCUCGUAAAAGAGUAGGGGUGUAACCCCGGUGUCCUGGCCAGAUUCCAUCCACUGGCCCUUGUCAGUCAUGGCCUCCUAAUAAUCCCCACCCUCUGAAUUGGCUCUAUCUCUCUCGCUCUCCUCUCCACUUAUAGCUGAUGUGUUAUGAGCGCACUGGCCCCGUUGUACUGUGGGUGCUGUCGCAUCAUCCAGGUGGAUGCUGCACACUGGUGGUGGUUGAGGAGACACCCCCUUCAAAUGAUUGUAAAGCACUUUGGGUGUACAGCAAUACACAAUAAAGUGCUAUAUAAAUGCCUCAUUCAUUCAUUCAUUCAUUCUAUGAUUGGCCAGUUAACCAGUGUGUAGUGAUUGGUCGAUUACUGCAAGUGUGUGAUGGAAAUGUAACGCCUCUAACCCUUUGGAACAUCAGGUUUCAAAGCAAUUGUACUGACAGGUAUGCCCACCUUACUUGCUUAAACAUUUGGGCGGUCUUAGUCAAAUCAUAUCACGAACUGACGUAGAUUUGUGGGGGUGUGGUUACACAAGGCGUUUCAGGCAGUUCUGGGUGAGCAUUCGGUUUUAGAUAGAAUGUAUCUUUUUUUCCUGACACUUUAAUUUUUGCAAUUUUAUGUGUCGAAUACAUGAAUGAGCAACUUAUAACACACCAAAGACACAGAAAAACACAUAUUCGCGCCACAUGACCCCUUUAAGCGGUAUUUUCUAAAUGUUUAUUAAAAAAAUAUUGCGGAAUGACUGCGUUUCCAUUAAAGUCCCCGUGAAUCGGAAGUUGCGAUCGUUUUUACUCCGUAUUCGGACACAUUUACGAGUGAAAAGGAAUUUGAUUUUGAAAAUCAAUUUUGAUUUUGAAAAUCACUGACAGGUGAAGGGGGAGGAGUUAACGGAUGCUCCGACCAAGCCGUCUAAUUUACGUCAUUUGAGAUGGAUAGUCAUUUCAGGGUGGAAAUGCAUUUUCAGAUAUUAAUUUGAAGAUUAUGAGGGUACAUGAAUUUUAAAAAGAAAAUGACCCACAUUGAUAAGCUUUCUUCAUAAACAUUUACUCAGUAACUUUUAAUCAAAGUCAUUGAGUGCAGCUGUGUCACGUCAGAGGAGACCUGGCCCUCCCGGCUGAGACUAGUUUCUCCCAAAGUUUUUUUUUACUCCAUUUAUUUAUCAUUAGAGUUUAGUGUUGGCUUUCUCACCGGGAGACUGCAUUUAUUAGAUAUUAUUUACUAGAAUGAUCUUGCUUGUUCUAUAAACACCAUGCACUGUGCUGUGUUUUAACUUUUCUGUGUUUUAACUUUUCUGUGUUUCUUAUUUUCUCCUGUAAAGCUGCUUUGGAGCAAUGCACAUUGUGAAAAGCACUAUAUAAAUAAAAUUGAAUUGAAAAAUAAAUAACAAAACAAAACAAAAAAUAAGAAUUGUCAUUUUAAAUUUCACGGGGACUUUAAAGCUGUAAAGCGCUAAUUUGACAGGCAAAUGACACCACAUCACCUCUGCAUUGUAACUCUGACAAAACUAUCGGACGUGUUGAAAAUCAAUGAAACGCGCACCGUGGCGUGUACUGAUGGUGCACGUCAAACAAGUUGCUUCAAAAAUAAUGCGGAUUCGUUGCAUGUUGCUCUCCUUAGUCUGAUAUGAUGCUCUGCAGAAAAAACUCGUGAAUUUUCAUGUAACAGCUGUGACAAUGCUGAUCCACGAGAAAGACAACGGAGCUCAGAAUCAUGUGUUCUGUAACACAAAGAGAAGCGGGGGAAAAAUAAGAAGAAAAAAGAAUUGCACUUAAUAAAACGGCCUGCUUUUACAACAGAAUGCAUAACAUCUGCACUGAUUUCUUUCGCAUCCAGAGACAACCCCUACCUCCACUAGAAUAAACUUUGUGCCAUUAACCAGGGCCAGUUAUCUCAUUGAAGCCUUAAUAAAAAAUGUUUAACUGUCCAUCUCACUGUAAAAUGAAAAUGUAUGAUGUUGCAAAUCCCUUAAAAUAAUCAAACAAUCUAUAUUUACAAUAAAAAUAAUACACAGAAAAGUAUGUAGGCUAUGUGCAACAAUAACAUGCAUAAUAUUGCUAAUGUAAUGUCUUAACAUAAUAUUGCUGUGACAAUAAGGGUUGUUUCUAUUUAAAUAGCUCCGUUUACACAUUUAGUAUAAGGGGGUCCCUGCUCCAUGCAUCUCUUAUCUAAGGGGUCCUUGCCCCGAAAAACGUUGAAGACUCUUCUAGUAUAUUAAAGGUUUCCACACUAAUGUGGUUGCCUGGACAUUGAAUACUUUUCAGACUCACUUUGAUUGUCUAUAUGUACAUGACUGCUGCAGUCACAGGACAUGAAUGUUUUUAGUCGCCCUUUGCUCCAGCUGUAAUUGGCCUCUCUGUGAAGGUCUUUAUCCAGAUCAUCCUCAACCUCCUGUUUCCUAUUUCCAUAGUUAACCUUUUUUGUAAGAAGGUGGAGUGAGUUCAAAACUGUGAUCGUUUCUGCAGCAUCACUAUAUUUUGUGUGUGCAAACAUCUGCAGUUUUAUUGACGUCUUUAAUGUUGCUGCACUGAUGGCUGGAGUUUGGUUAGCUUUGUGUCCUCUAUUCUUAUUAUUUAUUUGCACACUCUGUUUAGAUGUGAAUCAAAUUCAAGUUCCUACAGAUGAUGGAAUUUCUGGAGUGGUGUUGGUUGAAACCAAGGACAAGAAAUACAGCUUUAAUGCCACAACAGCCAAAGAGGCAUGUAAUGCUAUUAAAAUGAGAAUCGCUACAAAGGCUGAAGUGGAGACAGCAAACAAACAUGGCUUACAGACAUGCAGGUACGGCUGGCUUGAAGAGCAAAUAGCAGUUGUUCCACGAAUUGACAGAAACCCAAACUGUGGUAAAAACAGUACAGGCAUUUCUGUAUGGAGAGCUGACAUCAGCAGAAAGUUUGAUGUUUAUUGUAUUAAGCCAGCAGGUCCUGAUGAACAAUUUGAAACAUCAACAAGGCUUGAAUCCACAACAGAAAGGGGAAGAACACCAUCAACCACCCAUUCUUCUACGAUAUCAAUCCAUCCAUCAACUAUUCAUUCUACCUCUUCUCUUUUCACAUCCCUUCCUCCCUAUUCAUCCACCCCAUCCAUUUCCUCUGUUUUCAACACUUCCUCAAAAACAUCUAGCACUGUUAGUCUUUCUAGCUUCAGUAAAAUAACUUCUCAGGCAACAACAAGCCCCCAGCUUCACUCAUCUCCCAGAACCUUGACUGAAGUCUUGACCUCACCCAUUUCAUCUUCCUCUCUUUCAUUCACUAAUACUGUUGUUCAGCAUACCUCACCUUCAACAGGCCAGCCCGACCUGUCCCAGACUGCUGAACCUAAUAAAUCUUCCAUUAGAGUUCCAAAAGCAGUUGUUAUCGUUUCUGUUAUGCUGCUACUGUUGUUAGCAGCCGCAGGGACAGCUUGGUAUCUCAAAAUCAAAAGAGGACAACAGUUUCCAUCCUGGACGAGAAUGAGGCAAAAACACUUUAUUGAAACUGAGAUGUGGCGACACAUUAGUGACAGGCACUGUAUGCAAGAACAGACGAGCAAAGACAACAACAAUAGGAAAUGUGACAACAUCAUCCUUCAGAUGGAACAAGAUCCAGACACAGACUCACCCUAAGAACUGAGAGAGAGAGAGAGAGAGAUAGAUAGAAAGAAAGAAAGAAAGAAAGAAAGAAAGAAAGAAAGAAAGAAAGAAAGAAAGAAAGAAAGAAAGAAAGAAAGAAAGAAAGAAAUCCCCUCUGUCAGCUGGUCCAGAGCUUCAGUCCUGAUGUUUCAGUCCUAACAUCUACUGAUGCUCUCAACCACAACAAUACUGACAAAAUCAGACUCAACCAAAUUACAACACAAAUGAAACAAAACUAUAUCACUCAUUGGGAAACCCAAACAAAACAACAAAGUAAAAUGAAAUAUUAUUUGGCCCUUAAAAGAGAAUACAGGACGGCAGACUAUCUGUACACAGUGACAGAUAAAAAACUAAGAGCCACGUUGACAAGAUACAGACUCAGUGGACAUAAACUCACUAUAGAGAUGGGCAGACACAGACAAACAUGGCUGCCACAGGAGCAGAGACUGUGUCCACACUGUGAUCUCAACAACAUUGAGACGGAACUCCACUUCCUAACAGAAUGCACAAAAUACAUGGAUAUACGGACAAUGUGUUAUGGAAAAAUCAAGUCCGUACACCAGACGUUUGAAAGUCUGCCAAAUGAUGAGAAACUGUUUGUUAUCUGCACAAUAUGUGUCUGCCUGUCACAACACAAGAGAAAACAAUGAAUCUGCCCUGACCUGAUGUUUCCAAUAUAUGUACAUAACAUUAUAUUAUUAUAUCCCUUUAUUCUGCUACUUACAUGUAUAUUUUGCUCUUGUAAAUCUUUGUUUAAACUAUACUCUAUUUCUGUUUUUAUAUAUUUACAUAUACAAGUAUUAUAAACCACUUUAAGUUGCACUACAUACAUAAACACUUUAUUUUAUUUUAUUACUAUAAUUAUCUUUCUUUUCGUUUGCUACAUAUUUGCACUAUUUGUAUGCAGCCCCACUUCAAAUGCUUUGGCAAUAGGAAUGUACAUUUUGGCAUGCCAAUAAAGC